CACACACCCUCCAAACCUCCAAAUGGGUUUUCAGCAACAAGAAGCCCUCAGAUUGUUACUUUGAUAUUUCUGUGCUGGUGAUUAUUAUGGUUCAGAAAUGAUGCACGUCUUCCUAUAGAGACCAACGUCCCGUUAAUACGGGAUUGAAGCGUUUUUCAAUGAAUUUCCGAGCUGAACAUGAGAGAGUGUGAUCUUAAUGAAAGUUUUAUUCUUCACACAGAAUGAUGUCUGUUUCUGCUUUAGAUGGAGUUCACUCCGAGCGUGAAUGCAGUUAUCAGGAUAUUGUCAAUCACUUGAAUCUCACCCGAAACAAGGAUUUGUUUUACAUGACCCGACCCGUUAAAAACUACCAACGCCCCACGGUGGUUUACCUGGAAGUUCUGCUGUACGCCAUUCUGGAUAUGGUUGAAAAAGACCAAAAAUUCAUCCCUUAUGUUUGGACAUACGUGGUGUGGAACAACGAAUACGUUUCCUGGGAUCCAAAUGAGUUUUGUGGAAUCGAAGCUGUUUCUCUUCCCGUUGAGAUUCUGUGGAAGCCGGAUCUCACUAUUGAGGAGAUGAUCGAGAAGGACAAGGCUCCUCCGAGUCCGUAUCUCACAGUCAAACAUAACGGUGAAGUUCAUGUCCGGAACGACCAGGUGCUGAUCAGCACCUGCAGGUUGCACAUUUACAAUUUCCCCUUUGACAUCCAGAGCUGCAACCUCUCCUUCAAGUCCGUGACGCACUCUGCGAGAGACAUUGAGCUUCGGCCAAUGGACAACUCUACAGAGGCCACUGCGUGGUCUCUGGAGGUAAUGCGGACCCAGCACGAAUGGCUGUUCAUCGGCAUGGAUGUCACCUCCGGCAACUCCAGUGAAAACGACCACCCGAUGCUUAUUUACACUAUCACCAUGAAGAGGCGGCCCAUCCUCUACGUCGUCAACUUCCUGCUCCCCAUCAUGUUCUUCUUGUGUCUGGACUUGGCCUCCUUCCUGAUCUCAGACAGCGGGGGCGAGAAACUCAGCUUCAAGGUCACCGUGCUGCUCGCUGUCACUGUGAUGCAACUUAUUCUGAAUGAAAUUCUGCCCUCCACUUCAAACAGAACCCCUCUUAUAGCGGUCUACUGCAUUGGAAUAUUUGCUCUGAUGCUGUUGAGUGUUCUGGAGACGAUUGUCGUGAUGCAUUUAAUGGCAAAAGACUCCCAAGCAUCCAAAGACAAGGAGGCAGAGGAAGGCCGAAGCAGCAGCGAGGCCGAUAACCAACGAGGUAAAGGCCAAAGUUCUCAUGGAGAGGUGCGUAAAUGGACCCGAUGUGCAUGUAUCAGCGAUGACUCCAAUGGCGAAACUCCUCCCGAACAUCCGCAGCAAGCGGCCAAAGAGGACGACGGCAGCACGCUGACGGAUCACCUUGCCUUGGAGACGCUCUCGCUCGAGCUGAGAGAGAUGGAGAAAACGUUGUCCCUGCUCCAGAACAACGGGAAGGAGGAGGAGAGGCCCGGCUACUGGACCGGAGUGGCUAAAAAAGUCAACAAAUAUUUUUUGAUUUUCUAUGUAACAGGGGUCUGUCUGUUUUUAAUAAUGCUCUUAUUUGAAUGGAUCUAUGCAUAGAGGUGAUUAUUGCUACCUGUUAAUAUGACUAGCUUUCUAUAUACAGCGGGUGAAAUAAGUAUUGAACACGUCACCAUUUUUCUCAGUAAAUAGAUUUCCAAAGGAGCUAUUGACAUGAAAUUGUCACCAGAUGUUGGUAACAACCCAAGUAAUACAUGCAUACAAUGAAACCAAAACUGAGAAGUUCAGAAAUAAAGUUCUGUGUAAAAGUGUGAAAUGACACAGGAAAAAAGUAUUGAAGAAAAGGAUGAAGAAAGGGAGGCGCAAAAAGGUAUGGAAAGCCAAGACAACAGCUGAAAACUAUCAGUAAUUAAAAGCAAUCCAGACCCUUAUCAGUGCAAAUUAAUACCAGCUGGUUCAGUCCCAACUAAUGGCCUACAAACAGGUCUCAUUGCUAAGGUGUCACACAAGACACGUCCCAUGAUGGGUCAAAGCAAAGAGCCGUCUCAAGGCCUUCGCAACCUAAUUGUUGCAAAACCCAAUGAUGGCAUCGGUCAUAGGCGCGUAUGUGUUACUUGGGUUGUUACCAACAUCUGGUGAAAAUGUCAUGUCAAUAGCUCCUUUGGAGAUAUAUUUACUGAGAAAAAUGUCUUUUGCAUGUUUAACUGCAUGAUAAAUCAAUAGUUAAUGCAUAUUUAAAGUA